AUGAUUAUGGCAAACGAGGACGAGAAAGGCCGUGUUCCGGCAGCGGCCUCUUCAUCCAGAGAAAAACCCGUCAGUGCUCGAGAUUCAAGCGAUGAUGAAAAGGGAGCCUUAUUAGCAAAAGAACGAGAAGCAGCCGCAAAAUUGAAUACGUCGGGAAAAGUUGGAGAGGUAUGUGAAUUAAGUUUUCAGUAUGCAUUUACGCUUUGCUCAUAUUUUUCAGUCAAUUUCGCUUUUUCAAAGAACUUCUUUUUGUUUAUUUUGUAUGGAUAA